GUUCCAUAACCUUACGUACCUUCUAUUUUGAUUUACUCCUUGAUAUGGCUCUAAGACGCAUAAUACCGAAUUUAGCAGCGGAGCCCAGUUAUUUCGCUACCUUAUUUAUCAAAUAUCAUAUCAGCUGUUUGAUAUUAAGCAUGAAAUUGACAAGCUUAGAAACAGCAUACCGAAAAAAGUAUUUUGUGUAUAGUGUAUUUUCGAACGUAAUCGUAAUUUGACUUCAGUCAUGUCAUCUUGUUACUGCGGAAUGUGGCACAAGAUGGCUGCCAGUGGCUUGCCAACUUAUAUUUUCAGCAUUCUUUCCUUUGUUACAUUUUAUUAGACAGCCUGCAAAGAUGUUUCAUCACGUGUUACCGUCCCAUGAAUAUCCACUGCAAAUGAUGAUUAUAUUUAGCAGGCUGUUUUUUAACUCAUCAGACUGCAGCUAACACUUGUAUCACUGUGUUUAGUACAAAGUGGUGUGUUGAAGGCGUGUGCUUUUCAUGUGUUGUGCUACUUUUAAAUAUCCGGUGAAUUAUAGUGUUGUUAAGUGUCAACAAGUGUAGUAGUGGAUGAAGGAGGAGCAACAGUGGCCCGCGGGCACGUGACUGUUGCCUGCCCGCGUGGCCUAGUAUGGGCCAACAGUCCAUCGUCACUAUGAACCCUGCCACGUCGGGCAAGUCGUCCACCCGCUCUUCGGGAUACCAUCAAAAGGCUCUUCAGGAGAUCCGUAAUUCAUUGCUGCCAUUUGCAAACAUUGGAGGAAUUGGUGAAACUGUAGGAUCAAGUGCAGCAAGUACCAUCUCCACUCUCUCAACAACUAGUGGUGUUAGUUCAGCAUCAGGACUUAGUGGACUGAGUGCAGCUUCUGGCAACAAUAGUGAAAAAGACCUAUCUGUUCUUCGCCAGGCAGUUUCGCAGCUUGUCACCAUGGGAUAUACAGAGGAAGCAUCCCUGCGGGCAUUGAAACUGUCAGGGGGGAGAUUAGAAGCAGCCCAUGACCUGUUGUCAAAGCAGCAGCAUGCAGAGCCUCUCAAUGGAAUUACCAAAGGACCCUCUCCAGGUCUUUCUGCGCUGAGCACGAAGUUGAUCCGCAAGCCAAGCCUAGAACGUGAACUGGCUGGGCCUCACCGUGGAUCACCAGCAUUGGACAGUGGAGCAGGCUCUUCACGCUCUGAUAGCCCAGGCCAAGGUCACCCUCACCCUCAGCUCAGCCGGCAGUACUCACCAAGUGCCUUUGCUGCUGCGGCAGCCGCAGCAGCAGCUGCAGCCGCCACUGAACCACCCCCACCAACGCCACCUAUUGCAGCUGUUUCUUCAGUUCCUCCCCCUGUGCCACCUCCUCGAUGCAGUUCAACCCCACCCCCUGUACCUCCACCCCCUCCUCACCAUGUGCAGCAGCUCUUGAAGCGCAUGUCACCAGCUCCUGUGCCUGUUGUACCAUCACGCCCACCUCCACAGCCACCUUGUCAGGUGUCAGUGUCUGUGCCUGUUGUCACACCUACUGCACCAUCAGCUACGAGGGGUACGAGUCCUACUUUAGUAACACCUUCAAGGCAGCAGCCAAUGGUUGUUCAAAAUGGUCCACAGGUGCAGCAGCAGCUGUCUCAGCAGAUGCAGGCAUUGAACCUGUAUCCAUCCAGUUCUGCUGGAAGCGGUGGUGGACCAAGUGUUUCUGCUGCAGGCGGCAGUAGUGGUGGUAGUGGCUCCCUUUCUUCUGAACCACCACCCCCUUACCCUUUAGUACCUCCAUCACCUACUGUACCCCCACCUCCACCAUCAUAUACUGUAUCAAUUCAAAGUCGACAAAGCCCCACACAGUCCCAGCAGGAAUACAGGAAGAGCCCAUCAUCAGGAAUCUACUCAGGUCCAGGAUCAGCUGGCUCACCUAGCCCUGUUACAGUCUCUGUUGCCAGUCCUCCACCCUCAGCUUCAUCUGUCGCUCGGCCGACACCUCUGUUAGCCUGGAGUGCACGUCAAGCGAAGACGCAGCCUCCUAUCAUCAUGCAAUCCGUGAAGAGCACACAGGUUCAAAAACCAGUUCUACAGACAGCCAUUGCCCCAACUGCACCCCCACCUACCGCACAGCCUCCAACUCAAUCACAGCCUCCACCUCCUUCAUAUGCGUUGUCUUUGCAACAGAAGCAACAGCAUGCAGUGGCUGCUGCUCAAAAACAAACUCCACCUCCUGUACCUGUACAACAGUCUUCUGUUGGUUCAGUCACCCCAAGCCAGGUCUCUGUACCCACAACAGAUCCUCCUAGCUAUGCCAUCACUAUGCAAGCACUUGCCGCAUCAAGAGGACAUCAUCACCAUCCGUUGCCACCUCCACCGUAUGGUCCACCACCGGGUGCUGAUGACGGAGUUGUAGCAAGUGGUGCUCAGGUUUCCACUGUGGAAAGUGCAGCUACGCCACGUCCUUCACCAGCAGUCCAGCAAGCUGCGGGCCAUAGUCAUCACCCGCCAUUGCAACGCAAGUUUUCACCAGCUGUUCCUGAAGGUGUGGUUCGUGCUGACAGUCCAGGAUCGGUGCAGAUUAAUGACUGCAGACCAUCACCUCAGCCUCCACUGCCUGCCUAUCCUUCUGAGAACCCCCAGCAGACACCACCACUUCCACCCACCACCUCGUCUUCUGUAGCCAAUAAGAACAAGGGUUCACAAGCAAAUUCACAGAAUGGAGGUGAACGAAGAUCUGGACCAGCACCCCCACCAUAUAAGAUUGACCAUCAGUCGCCCAUACCAGAGCGUAAACAUAUUAGCAAAGAGAAAGAAGAAGAGCGCAGAGACUGCAAAGUGCGCAACUAUUCCCCUCAAGCUUUCAAGUUCUUCAUGGAACAACAUGUAGAGAAUGUGCUGAAAUCGCACAAACAGAGGUUAGUCCGCCGUAUGCAAUUGGAGACAGAAAUGUCCAAAAUAGGUUUGAGUGCAGAAGCACAGUGCCAGAUGCGUAAAAUGCUCUCACAAAAGGAAUCAAACUAUAUUCGCUUAAAACGUGCCAAGAUGGACAAGUCAAUGUUCACAAAAAUAAAACCAAUUGGUGUUGGAGCAUUUGGUGAAGUGGCUUUAGUGCGUAAAAUUGAUACCCAUCACUUGUAUGCCAUGAAAACUUUACGAAAAGCAGAUGUUCUCAAGAGGAACCAAGUGGCUCAUGUUAAAGCGGAAAGAGAUAUUCUUGCUGAAGCUGAUAAUGAGUGGGUUGUGAAACUGUAUUAUUCCUUCCAGGAUAAGGACAAUUUAUAUUUUGUUAUGGACUACAUUCCUGGAGGAGACCUAAUGUCAUUACUAAUUAAAUUGGGCAUCUUUGAAGAACCUUUAGCCAGGUUCUAUAUUGCUGAACUGACAUGUGCAGUGGAAAGUGUACAUAAAAUGGGGUUUAUUCAUCGCGAUAUAAAACCAGACAACAUACUCAUUGAUAGGGAUGGCCACAUAAAAUUAACAGACUUUGGUCUUUGCACGGGUUUCCGGUGGACUCACAACUCCAAGUAUUACCAAAGGAAUGGUGAACAUGGUCGGCAAGAUUCCAUGGAUCCAGCAGAAGACUGGAAUAACAGUGAAUGCCGAUGUCAUCAACUGAAACCAUUGGAAAGACGAAGACGGCGCGAACAUCAGCGCUGCCUAGCUCAUUCUCUUGUGGGGACUCCUAAUUACAUUGCUCCAGAAGUUUUGCUGCGAACAGGUUACACACAAUUGUGUGACUGGUGGAGUGUAGGUGUUAUACUUUAUGAAAUGCUUGUUGGUUCACCUCCAUUUCUUGCUGGAACUCCUGCAGAAACACAAUACAAGGUAAUACAUUGGGAGACAACACUACAUAUUCCAAAGGCAGCUAAUUUGUCUCCUGAGAGCAAGGAUUUGAUUCUGAAACUGUGUACAUCUGCAGACCGUAGACUGGGAAGAAGUGCCAGUGACAUAAAGUCUCAUCCAUUCUUCACUGGCAUUGAUUUUGAGAAAGGUCUUCGUCGACAUGUGCCACCUCACAUCCCAAAAAUUCAUUACCCAACUGAUACAUCUAAUUUUGAUCCUGUUGAUCCAGAAAGAUUGAGAAACUCUGGUUCUUCAGGAUCUGACAAAUCGGAAGAUUAUUCUGACAGUGGACGGCCUUUUCACGGUUUCUUUGAAUUUACUUUUCGAAGAUUUUUUGAUGAUGGGGGAGGUCCUUCAUAUUCUAGGAUUAGUCUUGAUGAAAAUGACAAUCAAGGCCCUGUGUAUGUAUGACAUAAGUUGGUGAAGGACUACACUGGUAACGUAGAUGGUAGUGCUGCAGUACUGUGGCAAGCAAUGCUAACCUGUGAUACACUAUGGCGCUCUCCUGUUUUUGAGGGUUGCUAUUAGUGAAAAAUAUUUUAUUAUAAAGUAGUGAAGUGGCCCAGCCUUGAGGCAUAAUUUUAAAAGCAGUUUAGGUUAAAGUAUUCACAACUUUUGUUGUACAAGAUGAUGAUUCAAAAAUUGAAUCAUGUAGUAUUUGUGUAUAAUUUUUAAAUACUGUGAAUCUUUAAACCUUAAUUUUGUAAAUGCAGCUGUUUAAAAAAUGGAAGCAUUUUCCCCAUCACCAUCAGUCCAUGAAUUAUUGGUGCUCUGUUAUGUGAAGGACUGCAAUUCACAUUGCCAUUCUGCCGUAUUCUUAAUUCUCUUCCAUGUCUUGUAGCUUUAAAUGUGUGUUAUUUGCUGUGUCCUAUGUUAUUAUCAGUUUUCGUAAGAGUGAUAAGAUUUAUUGUGAUGUGUGUAAUACUUCCCAAUCCCCACAUUUUUUGACAAGUAUCCAUUUUAACUGUCUUUUUUUUUUCAAAAAAAGAGGAAAGAUUGGGAAGGUUUUGAUAAGUGUUUUGUGUUCUAAUGUGCACCAGUGCCUGUUAACUGAAGCCAGUAUUCUGUCCACUGCUGUGCCUUAAAGUCAUUUAGAUAUCGAGUAAAUAAUAUGCAUAUAGUGUAUAGUUGUUGUUGAAUUGUUGUGAAAUUCUAAAGUGUCUUGACUUUUCAUUGUUAAUAACAUUUGUGCAUACGAUUUAUAACAUGUUCCGUUAUAAUAAUAGUGCUCGAUUACUCGUCACACUAUUCUCUCUGCCGUGUGUGUGUGUGUGUGUGUGUGUGUGUGUGUGUGUGUGUGUGUGUGUGUGUGUGCAGUUUCUUGUCUUGGAGGGAGACAGAGAGAGCAAACUCGGUGAAUUAUCUGUAAGCAAGUUUGUUUUAUUUAACUUCAUAAAGUUUUUAAGAGUUACUACUUUAGAUGCAGCAGUAUUAUACACAAGUAAACAGAUUGGAGUUGUUAUUUAAAUUUAAAUUCUAACCAUUCUGGAACAUAAAUGCCUUACAAUGGAAUUUUUAUCUGGAAUUGUAAUAUACUUGUUAGAUUUAAGUUUGCCAUUGAACUAUUUAAAUCUUUUUUAUUAUUAUUAUUUAAUAAAUUUACAAACCCGCUAUAAGCUGGAAGAAUCUAUAGGGAAGUUAAGACAAUAUUGGUUGAAAUUUGUGGACCACUGUUGUAAUUUUCCUUUUUUUCUUUCCUGUGCUUAUUUUGAGAAGAGAUUACAUUGAUGGAAAGUAAGUUGUCUUGUAACCAUUAUGUUAUGGUUUUCCCCAAUUAGAUUACAACAGUCUGACACAUAUUUCCACCAAAAUAUGCUACUUCUCUGCAUCACUGAUGUUCUCAGUACUCGCUGUGAAUCACUGCUAUUAUAGUUUGACAAACAGGCAACUUGAGUGUUCAUACUGCACAAUUCUGUGAUCAUCAGCUUUGAUUUUCACUACAUUGUCAAGUAGUGCCAGUCCAGAUGUCUUUGUGCAGAUGCAAACCUAUGAUGCCAUUAAACAUUUUACACAGUAAAUUUGUUGAUGUUACUAAUAUUAUACAUGUAAGUGUAAUGCUUUUUUCCUUCCUUCCAAUUUAUAUUUCUUUCCUUUUUUAUGUAGACUGAAAGAUUUAGAUCAAAGUAUUUUAGUGUUUUGAAAGCCACCACAUGUAAUGUGUUGCUAUUCCGGUGAUAUAACUUAAGAAAUCGAAGUAUGUUCAGCUGAAUAUGUCAGAUAGUGUGAGCAACUCAAUAAAAAUGUAAGGUUGAAAAUCCUUUUGAGGGGUGACAAACUGUCAUUGUGGACUGAAAUCACACAGAUGUGUUCCAUUUGUUAUGUAAUUUGUGUUAAUGCUGUUGCUGUCAUUGUUAUUGCUUCAGAUGAUGUAAAGACAGGUGUAUUCCAUGACCUUCACUGAGUCUUUUCAUCCAUGUGGCAGUCUUGUACAUAAAAUACACUAUUUUCAUGAGA